AUGGCUUUUAUGAAAAAUGGUGCAAUUGCCUCUAAAGAAUUGUUUGUUAUUCAUCAGCAUCCAACAAAAUUGAGAGAACCCGCAGAGAUCCAGAGAUCGCCCCGCGCGCGACCGCCACCCACCCAAUCAUCCACCUACCCACUCCCUGCGCCGCCUCCUCCCACCCUGAGCAGAGCCGCCGAGGAUGAUAAACACCCAGCACAGGACGAGAAGCUCACUGUGACCCAGGACCUCCCUGUGAACGAUGGAAAACCUCACAUCGUCCACUUCCAGUAUGAGGUCACCGAGGUGAAGGUCUCUUCCUGGGAUGCAGUCCUGUCCAGCCAGAGCCUGUUUAUAGAAAUCCCAGAUGGAGUAUUAGCUGAUGGGAGCAAAGAAGGAUUGUUAGCACUGCUGGAGUUUGCGGAAGAGAAGAUGAAAGUGAACUAUGUCUUUGUCUGCUUCAGGAAGGGCCGAGAAGACAGAGCUCCACUCCCGAAGACCUUCAGCUUCUUGGGCUUUGAGAUUGUUCGUCCAGGCCAUCCCUGUGUACCCUCUCGGCCAGAUGUGAUGUUCAUGGUUUACCCCCUGGACCAGAACUUGCCCAAUGAGCACUAAUGGUCAGAGGAUGCUUUGCCCAAGAGCCACAGUGGGGGAAGAGGGGAAGUUAGGCAGCCCUGGGACAGAGGAGGGGGCUCCUCGCUGUCUAGGGAAGGACGCUGAGGGGCUCAGGAUGAGGGUUGCCUAUUGUGUUCUUGGAGUUGACUCGUUGAAAUUGUUUUCCAUAAAGAACAGUAUAAACAUAUUAUUCACAUGUAAUCACCAAUAGUAAAUGAAGAUGUUUAUGAACUGGCAUUAGAAGCUUUCUAAACUGCGCUGUGUGAUGUGCUCUAUCUAGCCUAGGGGGAGGACAUUGCCUAGAGGGGGAGGGACUAUCUGGGUCUGGGCCAAGACCUGGAGGGUUGGUGGGUAGCACUGUCAGGCUCAGGCUCCCCAGCUAUUGGGCUUUCUUUUUGGUUUUUAAGACUUGUGUAUUUUCUUUCCUUGCUUCCUUCCUGUCACCCCAGGGGCUCCUGAGUAUAGGCUUUGCAGCCCCAUGCGCAAAAGUGUCCUCGAGUUGUUUUUUGACACUCCACCUGGGCUUCUCUGUGUGCAUUUGUGUCCGGCCUGGAGAAAGCAGGUCUGACCCCCUCUUUACAGCUUAGUGUUUGUUAUUCUGGCAUUUGGUUAAACUGGCUUAAUCUGUUAAAUGUUAUCAGUGCAUUUUGAAUAGGGGCAUUCAAGUUCACUCCCACCACCAGGGCUUUGGGGUGCCUGGGCCCU